CACUAUUUUCUGUUUUUAUUGUCAUUCCACUCUGAUGUACUAUUUGUAUUGAGCUCAACGAAUAUGUUUCCAUAAAAGCGUACAUAAACGAUGUACAGAAAAAAUAUCUAACAACUAGAAAUGGCAUUCCAUAUCCUGUAUGAUAUUUUUUAUUACAUCAGUCAUUCUUUUGUUACGAUGUUGAACACACGUAUUUUUAUAUUUUUAUGCAUCUUCAAGUGUAUCGAUUUCACGUCAGCAGUGUGCAAUGUAUCUCCGUAUAAAGAAGGUGUUGAAACUAAGGUGAGGUGUUGGAAUACAUUACUCAAAGAAGUAUUGCAGUCUAGUGGAUCAUUUGCCAAUGUCAUAACAGUUUUACAUUCAAAUCUUGGUUCUCUUGAAGGAAAUUCAUUCGCCAAGUACGGGAAAAGUCUGACACUAUUGAGUUUUCAAAACUGCAGUAUUUCAAGCAUUCAUCGUGAUGCAUUUGCAGAUCUGAGAUAUUUGAAAAAGUUGACUUUAUCUCAUAAUAAAAUUUCGGAAUUACAUCCAGAUAUUUUUAGAUCUUUAGAAUCUUUAGAGUAUCUUGACUUAGAAUUCAACUCAAUUAGACACAUUGAGGACACUUUAUUUUCAAAACUACCACGACUAAAGCUAUUAAAUUUAGAUGACAACCAGUUGACAUGUUUAAAGCCUGAAGGAAUCCAAGCUCUUAAUAAUUUAGUGCAAAUUCGGAUUUUAGAAAAUCCUUUAAGUUUGUCCUGUCGAGGAAGAUUGACACUAUGGCUGAGAGAUCAUGGAAUAAAUUACUCCAAUGAAAAUCCUACCAAGAAAGAAAAUUGGUUAGACAGCCUCCUCUGGCGUUGUGCCAUGGAAAAUCCUGUCACAACAACAUCUGAAGAUGAAAUGAGGCGAUGUAUCAUCUUCUAUAUGUUUAAUCAACUUAAAUCGGCAGUACAAUCUACAUCAGACUAUUCCGUUGAUCCUAGAACAUGUAGCAAUGAAGUUGACCAGUUUCUCCAAUCGAUUGAGAGUACCACUCAAUUUGGUAAACCAAUUAAAAAUGGCCAGGCAAUUGAAAUUAUGAUGUACGCAUUACGAAAUACUAUCAUGCAAAUGAAUUAAUGGUCAUAUGAGUCUGCAGCUUACAUUAAUAUCCUUAUCGAUUUCAACAAACUAUGCUGACCUGUCCAAUAGUGACUGUUACAUUAAAGGUAUUGACAUUCGAUUAUAAAUUGAAUUGAAGGUUUCAAGUACAGAUAAAUUAGUAGUUAAUGCAUUGUACUAGAUGUAGAAUACUACCUCUUAUUACUUAUGAAUUUAUACCUACAAUAAUAAUACUCAUUGAGAUUGUCUUAGAGUAUAGAGUAACUGUUUAAUGUUUCCUCCUGGCCCAAGGCUUCUAUCGAUCGAGUUGAUUUUAACGUGAUAUUGUUGCUGAGUAUAGACGGGUGUACCCGACUUCUAGAGAAUAUAAUUUGGUGUUCGCACCAGUGAGCCAAUUCGAGCUUUGUUUCUGUGCAGUCAACAACCCGAAGUAGUAUUAAUUUUAAAUGAGAAAAAGUUGAUGCAAUUUAUAAUUCACAUCGAAAUAAAUUUUUUAAUCAAGUAAAGGUAUAAAUUAGUAACAGGUUCGUUAAUUAAUGAACAUGUUCUGUACAGUUAAACAAGAUAAAUAUCGAUUUAUGCUGAUAAUACGGAUGUAAUUGUUAAGGUGCUUCUCCUUUUAUACAAUCGGUUAGAAGGUGAGUGGCCCAGUUUUUGACCUCUUGGGUACACGACUUAACAUAUUGGUUCAAUGAAGAUUUUAAUGUUGACUUAAAUACAGUUGUUAUUGACUUAUCACUUUGUCAUUUAAUGAAUCAAAUUAAUAAACUGAAAACAUCAAUUGAUAUUAAAUUUUAUUUUUAUUCAUUUUUCAACAAUCAAAUUUUUAAACCUUAAUGAAAUGUAUCUUGAUCAUUUUUGAAGAAGUUGCAAUGUAACUUUAAAACUUGUGACAAUUUGGCAAAAAAGAUAUGAACAUUAUACAAUCUUCACGACAAUAAUAUCUUGAAAAACUUCAACUAAUAAAACUUCCUGAAGUUGGUAGACAUAUAAAAAUGUGAAACUUUAAAAUUCUACAAUUUUAUAUAUUAAAGAAUUUUUGUGAAAAGAUAUUAGAUAUUUUUCAUUUGAAAGAAAUAUUAUAUUUUAUUGUAUAAUUUUUAUAACCAAACUGUGAAUUUGGAGGAAGUGAAUAUUUAUAAAUACACAUCAAUUUGAUAUUCCAGAGAACCAAUGUUCUCUCAUAAUUAAUAAUCCAGCAUUGAAAAUAAUAUGACAUUUCCCAAUAUUCCACUCAAAUUAUUUUCAACGAUGUUCAAUUAAAUUCAAAAUUAUACGAUUGAAUAUUU